AUGCAAGGACGUUUUAGGUUAAGUGAUAGGAAAGUUGUGUAUCUGGGCCACAGACCCACACCUGUGGGGUGGGCAUCUGCGACGACACAGACUUUUGCCUUGACCAGUGACCUUCCGGCUCCGCAGCCCCUCCCUGUAACCCACCCACACACCCUGUCUCCUUCUCCACGCAGCAGCUCCGCGGCUGGGUCUUGCUCCUCAGACAAGACGGGGCCAGAGGCAGCCCCAGCAGCCACACCCGUCGCCCCACAGGCCACGAGAGAGAAGAUCCGGUCCAGGUUCCAUGGCAGCCACGACCUUAUUCACCGCCUGUUCGUCUGCAUUUCAGGUGUGGCUGACCAGCUGCAAACAAACUAUGCCAGUGACCUGAGAAGUAUUCUCAAAACGCUGUUUGAGGUCAUGGCCACCAAGCCAGAAGCAGAUGACAAGGACAAGUUAAGGAAGGUCACCCAGACUCUGCGGAGUGCAGCCUUGGAGGACUGUGCACUGUGCCAGGAGACUCUGUCGUCCUCGGAACUGGCAGCCAAGACCCGCGAUGGGGACUUUGAAGAGCCCCCUGAGUGGGUGCCAGACGAGGCCUGUGGCUUCUGCACGGCGUGCAAGGCACCCUUCACCGUCAUCCGCCGGAAGCACCACUGCCGCAGCUGCGGGAAGAUCUUCUGCUCCCGCUGCUCCUCACACUCAGCGCCGCUGCCCCGCUACGGGCAGGUGAAGCCAGUCCGAGUGUGCACCCAUUGCUACGUGUUCCACGUCACACCCUUCUACAGCGACAAGGCCGGCCUGUGACGCAGCGCCAGGGGCAGCCCAAACCUGCCCUGGGCCAGGAACCUCCAGGAAGGAGGGGCAGUGCUGCAGGCGGGUCUCACAGCGUCUCAUGAGCCCCCACCACUCCAGGGCUGCCCAGACCUCUAGAGUAUCCAGAGCCUCUGUCUCGCCCACCCUGCCUCCCCGCAGGGACCCCAGCCGGCUGCAGGGGCUGACAGGAGGUCAGCUUUGCCCAGCAGUGGACCCGGAGGAGCCUGGUGGCUCGCCCAGGGCAGGGUGCCUGGCGGGGAAGGCACGUUGGAGCUCUUCGGGGGCUGUGGGAAUCGGGGUGGGUGCUGGAGGUGGGCGGGAGUGGGGCCGCUCCGCUGCCUCUGCUGUGGUGGUGAAUCUGGAAGCCGGAGUGAGGGCCACUUUGCAGGCUCUGCAGUGCAGCAGGACUCCCCAUGUGCCUCCCAAACCCAAAAUGCAGGCGGCCCAUUCUCCCCCACAGCGGCCCACCUCGUUCCCCAGCCCUCACCCCGCCACCCCCAUCCUUCCUCAGGACGUGGCUAAACAACAUGCAUCUCAUUCCUUCUUGGAGCGGGGACAGGCGGGAAGCUGACCCAGCGGUCCUCUAGGGAGGCAGGGUGCUCCCCCCUGCUGAUGGCGUGGGGGUCCGACCAGGCGCUGACGCCAUAGGCAGAGGUUGCUGGGGGCCUUGGGUCAGGCUUACCAAUCAGCCAGGACGCCCGGGGCCACCAGCGUGGCCACAACCUCUCCUUCCCUCUGCCCCCCCGGGAACCCUGCCCAUUCCUCACACCCCAGAGCGGCCUGGGACCCAGGCUGCCGCAGCCGAGUGGCCCAGCAGACACCUCCUCAGGCUUAAAUCUCAGGCUUCACGUUGUAAUGACGAUUGCAGUUUUAUUUUUGGAGAUGACACACCUACUGCUUCUUUUCUAGGAUAAACCUGAUUACUAUUUACUGGUGGAGUGCACAUGCUAGAAGUGGCUUCUGGCAGGGGAGUAUAUAAUGGAAGAAAUAUUAUGUAUCGAGAUUAUAUUUAUUUUCUAAAUGCUGUAAUUCGAAGCCAUUUCCAUAAAUCUAUUGAAGAAUUGCA